AUUUUUGCGCGCGGAAAUAAAAAUCGAUGAAGCAAUAUUAACAUCGAGAAGUAACUUAUCCGUUCAAUUAUAAAUGAAAAAUUUUGCCUCUUUUUCUCUUGUCAGUCUCCUGAUAAGAUUCUUAUUUAGAGGCAAAAGCAAAAUUACGGCAAUGAAACGCGGGUGCACAUUCGUCGAUGAUUCAUGUAUGCGGAGUUUAUGAUAAUAUUUAAUCCAGUUAUAGCGCGCGUCGAGGCGAAUAUAUGUACAUACAUAACGAAUAUGUAUAGGAGCAUACUUGGGCAGACCUCGAGUGGUCAGUCGAUGAUUCCGUUCUUGCCCGUGUCGUUGUCGUUGGCGAUAAUCCAGUUACAAACCAGAGUGGUUAUACGAAUGUAUACAUAUGUAUUAUUUCGCGACGCCACGUCGUUAGCUGCGCGUUUCGCCCGAGUUCUUCUUGAUUUUAUUUUUCGAUCUCGCGCUUCUCGUGCCGCGCGUGCUGGUGAAGUGGACCGACUGAGAGUUUGCGAUUACACACGUUAAUCAUCAUCCCUCGAUUUCAUGUCGCGUCGUCCGGAUUAAACAUCGUCGCAUUCGCUUCACGUUCCGUUUUAAUGCGAUUGCCUCGUCGGUCAGCCACAUUCGUCGUCAUCGUCGUCGUCGGUCGACAUGUCGUCCAUUCAUCUAUAUCGUAUACCAAUGUCAUUCACCAUCGGCGACUUCCUCCGUUAACGCCAUCCCCUGUGGGGAAGGGCAUCGUCGUCUCUCGCGAUCGCAACAUCACGUAUCCUGAAAGCCAGAAGACGCGUGCGAAUCUCGUUUAUUCGCGUCAUCGACCACUGGACGCACUUGUCAAAGUGUCGCGUUCGUGUCAUUUAUCACGCUGGUCUAAAGGGAUCGUUAAAAUAUCCAAGUUUUCGGAUCAAGUUUAAUUAUUGCCUAUUUAUAUAUUCAAUCGAUUCAUUUUUUGUGAUUAUAAAAUUAAAUUGUACAUCGAAUAUCGCGAAAAAAUAUCGUCCUAAUUUAACAAUAAGUGGUCGCACUUGUCAGCAUAUUCAAAGAUUAUAGAUUGUGUGUAUAUAUUAUAAAGCAGAAGCUCACAUAUACACAUGUAGAUUAAAAUAUUGAAAGAAAGUCUCUAGAUUUUUUGUCAUCAUAAAUUAAAUUGUGCAUCGAAUAUCUCGAAUAAAUAUCGUUUUAGUUUUAUAUGUCGCACUUGUAACAUAAAGAUUAUAGAUUGUGUGUAUAUAUUAUAAAGCUGAAGCUCACAUACACAUGUAGAUUGAAAUAUUGAAAAUCUCUAGAUUUUUUGUGACCAUAAAAUUAAAUUGUGCAUCGAAUAUCGCGAAUAAAUAUCGCUCUAAUUUAAGUGUCGCACUUGUAAACAUAUUCAAAGAUUAUAAAUGGUGUGUAUAUAUUAUAAAGCUGAAAGCUCACAUAUGCACAUAUAGAUUGAAAUAUUGAAAGUCUCUAGAUCAAUUUUUCUUUUCAAGAUGGUCGUUUCUUUUCGACAUCAUUACGUAUGCUCCAAAUAUGCUGAGAACAUAAAAAUGUUACACAUAUAUAAUACAAUAUCAUAUUCACUUGGAAGAUCACAUAAAUCGUGCAUUAUACUAUAUAUUAUAGAUUUCUCUCAUAGAUUGUACGUAGAAUUGUGCAGAUUCAAAGCUGCUAUAUUACAAGUUGCCUCCUUAUAUAAAGUUGCUUUAUCGUCGCUAUUGUUGUAAGAUUACAUUAUACGAUGAUGAGAGAUACGCUGUUCUACGAAACAUUAAGUACCACAAGCAUCCAGAAUCCUCCGUGAUCCCUACUUAUAGUGAUCUAACGUUACGAAUAUAUUAAAAUCUUAUUAAUCGCGAACACAAAAAAAGAGAGAGAGAGAGAGCCGUUCCAAUUCUCGAACCAUCACGAUGAUAUCGCAAAAUUCGGGAAAUGCUGCCUCAUGACGAAGCUCUUAAUCUUCCUUCUACCCUUAAGCUUGCAUCGAAGUGACGCGCGACAGUGACAAUAAGCUCGCAUUUUAUUCGACUCGAAGAAUUAAAGAGACGGAUCUUCGAACGAUAUCCAACGACAGUUGAAAAACGUAAGACAGAAAAUCCACUUUUUUUCCCCCUCGUCGACGUCGUCGUCUUGAUAGUGAUCGAACGCGUGGGAGUGAGAAAGGAGGAAAGCUGCGAAACUACGAGGGAUAUAUCGAGCCGUGAAGGGGAAAGAGGACACGUACAAGAAAUUCAAAUAUCGUUACGAUCGAUCGGGGCCAUCUUGCAGCUUCCCUUCGUGCUCUCCCGAGCGAUCGACAUCGUAUUACACACAAGCAUUACGGAUUGUGUAUAAGCUCCGCGUUUACCAAGACUUACAGAAUCGCGAGAAUGUACAAGUGGCGAGAAACGCGAGCGUCCCAACUCGACGAGGAAGAACUGAACUCGUCUUGAGUACCCGCAGCUAGUCGAGAGUGUGCUUCGUUAAACCCAAAGUGCUCCGGAGUUAUUAGCCGGCUUGUGAUCAACGCAACAGUGAUAAGCGACGCGAUUAUUCGAGGAUGGAGAGGAAUCGGAGGAACGAGAGGUCGUCCCAUAAGCGUGAAAGGACAAGAUUCGCGUCCCCGUGCAGCGUUUCCUCUUGAGACUCGUGUCUCGCGUAUCUCCGAUUAAUCGUAAUUCCGCAGUUCCUUCGGACCACGAGAUCGAUCGCGAAUUAGCGAGCGAAAAGCUCGCCGCUCGGCGAUGUUUGUCGCGGACGUGGAUAAUACAAAUUUACAGAUCGACGCGAAUCUCUGGUAUCUCCACCCUCUUGGAAAAUUCCCACGGAGACGAUCCUAAUCGGACGGAUCGCAUUUACGUAAACGGAUUUACGUAAACAAAAAAAUACGACAACCUGCGAGCAUCGAAUAUUUGGAAAGCGCGGACUAAGGGAGAAAAGACGAGAAGAGGUGAAUUUAGAUCGGAAAACGAUAGAGUCGCGUUUUCUCGACAGUCGUAUUCUGCAACCGCUAAUCGAUUCGACCUGGAACCAUCGGAAGACCGACUGAAACAUCAAAAAGCGCGUAUCUAAAAUCGAAAGAUAUAUUUAUCUAUCGUAUAAAGAGGCAAGAAAAGUUUUUCUCGUCUCGGAGAUUUUAUCCGAUCGAGUAUAUCUUAUACUUUUAAUCGAGUAUCCCGGUCAAGUAAUCUAGAAUGUUACGCGGAGAUAUCGUAAGGGAGAGAUUCUCUGCUAUGAAGUAGAAGCCGACUAAUAUAUCAGAGCCCCGAGAGUUGGAGAUUAGAAGAUUGAGAAUCUUCGCCAAGGUAGAUUGACGAAAGGGAGGAUCGUGAUAGAUCGACGAUCAAACGGCGAAAGAAGGAUUUCCGAGAUUACGGCUGGUCACAAUUGGGAUCGGGAUCGAUCGAGAUUUAAAACGGUCGCGAAACGAGGGAUCGAAGGAUACGUCGAGGAUACGUCGAGGGACAUCGAGGAAACCGGAAGGACCAUCAGCCGGGAAAGGUGCGAAAGGACGAGAAGUCACGUACGCUUACAUUUUUGCCCUCGCGGGAAAUCAGCGACCGUGGAAAGGCGAGACUGUCAAGGAGAUCAACGUAUAGCGAGACAGCGUUGUCGUUCGUUUAUCACGAGCUAGCCAGGGUGGAUUGAUAACGAGUCGAUCGUCACGUCUCCGCGAAAAAACGAAGGGUGAUCACUCGGUUCGGCGUCUUUGUCCUUAACGCUCUCGACCGCAUGUCGGAAAAUUGUCUCGACAUUUUUUCUUUCAUGGCGCGCUGCUUCGCACCGUUCGCGCCUCAUCGAAAAUUGCGGCUCGUUAUGCAAACCAGGGGGCGAGAAAAAAAGAGCAAAGUUUCUCGCUUCCGAAAAUAGGAUUAUACGAGAUAAGCGUCGUCAAAUAAAUUCGAUAGAAAGUCGCGGCUUUCCCGGGAUAAGACGCGAGGUCAUUUUCCAAAAAAAUUAAGAAACAAGAGCGAGAGAGCGGAUCCGAAGGGCAAAUAUUGACAACGCGAACUGCGCGAAAUUCGACAAAAGGGUCCUUCCUCAUCGCUUUCCUCCUUCGACAACUUUCGACCCGGCAAUUUAUCCGCGCGCCGCUAUUUACGGUGGCUUAAGGAUAUCACGAGGAAAUCCAGAAUGCGUCUCGGCCUUUCCCGCCAAGUUGUCGGGAGUAUCAGACCUUUUAUCGGGAACAGAGAGAAAUGAAGUUAUCAGUGUCGGCUUACACAGCUCAGGCCAGUGCUCACAAAAAUCUCUGCAGUUAUCAGCAUCAGCGAAGCUACGGGGCAACAAAUCAAGCAUCCACGGCCCGGACCCCCUCAGACCUCGCGACGGUCCUUCCUGCCCUCAAGGUGGACCGGGAGAAGGAGGAAGGACAGGGAGAGGGUGGUCUGGCGCCGUCUUGCAGCGGUGCUUCCGGUUCGAGGAUGGGCCCCGGGCCCGAUUCCGGCAGCAGCGCUCCCUCUUCGGUUCCCCAGUCGCUGGCUACUUCGAGGGACGACGAGGACGACGAGGACGACGAGAGCAGCGGGAGACACGGCCACGGAGGAUCGAGAUCAUCGGAGAUUUGUCGUCGGCGACACGCUAUUUCGAGCCACCGGCGGUCCUUUGCGACUAAGGCAACUGGUGCGGGAUUAGCAGCCUCGACGACCUCGGAAUCGCAGGAGAGCUACGCCCUCGACGCCGAGGUGCCCGCAGCAGCCAAAAGAUCCCGUAACACGAGGGGUUCGCAAAAGUGGAGUAACGUACGCGCGGUCAUGGCGUUAUAUUCCUCUCUACGCAAAAUCAAGAGAACGAAGAGCAAUCAACGGUGGAUGAAACUCCGUACUACGGUGCAGCUGUCCUCAGCGAUCUCGACGAUCCAGAAGAAACCGCCGCUGAAGCGGGAAGACUCGUUCCUCAAGCGGUUCUCCACCAGGCAGAUCCCGGAGAGCCAGGAGACCCUGGACACCGGCGAGGGUGACGCGACCGACAAGGAGGCAGGUAGCCGGCGUCGCAGGCGACCUCGUAGGCCGCAGAAACCCCCGAAGACUGUGGUGAAUCCGGACGAGAACUUUUACUAUUACUGGCUGAUGCUGCUGUCGGCAUGCGUUCUGUACAACCUCUGGACCCUAAUAGUUCGCCAGAGUCUGCCGGAGCUGCAGGCUUUGGCGCCUGCCGUCUGGCUCUCCUGCGACGGCUUCACCGACAUGGUCUUCUUCCUGGACGUUGCGGUGCAGUUUCGCACCGGUUACCUCGAACAGGGUCUGAUGGUUUACAACAGCAACAAACUGGCCGGUCACUAUAUCAAGUCCAAGUCCUUCAUUCUCGAUCUGCUGGCGUUGCUACCCCUCGAUCUGCUGCAGGUGAACCUAGGCAGCAACCCGAUGCUGAGGUUCCCCAGGUUCCUCAAGAUCUAUCGGGUGUACAAUUACUACUACAUGGUGGAGUCGCGGACGGUCUAUCCGAAUCUCUGGCGCGUCCUCAAUCUUAUUCACAUUCUGCUCAUCCUGGCGCACUGGUUCGGCUGCUUUUACUACCUGCUCAGCGAGGCCGAGAGCUUCCAGGGCGACUGGGUGUAUCCCUACCGGCCCGGCGAAUACUCCACCCUCACCAGGAAGUAUCUGGGCUCCCUCUACUGGUCCACCCUGACGCUGACCACCAUCGGCGACCUGCCCACGCCGGAGACCAACGCCGAGUACGUCUUCACGAUUGUCAGCUACUUGAUCGGCGUCUUCAUAUUCGCGACCAUCGUCGGCCAGGUUGGCAACGUCAUCACGAACAGGAACGCGAACCGCCUCGAGUUCGAGAGGCUCCUGGACGGCGCCAAGACUUAUAUGAGGCACCACAAAGUGCCAGGCGGUAUGAAACGCCGAGUGCUCAGGUGGUACGACUACAGCUGGUCACGUGGCAGGAUACAGGGCGGCGGUGACAUCAACACCGCUCUCGGUUUACUCCCGGACAAGCUCAAGACCGAGCUGGCGCUGCACGUGAACCUCUCGGUGCUGAAGAAGGUCACCAUCUUUCAGGAGUGUCAGCCGGAAUUUCUGCACGAUCUCGUCCUGAAGAUGAAGGCCUACAUAUUCACCCCAGGUGAUUCGAUAUGUCGGAAGGGCGAGGUCGCCCGCGAGAUGUUCAUAAUAGCCGACGGUAUUCUGGAGGUGAUCAGCGAAACCGGCAGAGUCCUCACGACAAUGAAGGCAGGGGACUUUUUCGGCGAGAUUGGUAUACUCAAUCUGGACGGAUUGAAUAAACGCACAGCUGACGUUCGUUCGGUGGGUUACUCCGAGUUAUUCAGUCUCUCGCGAGAAGACGUGCUGGCAGCGAUGAAGGAUUACCCGGAGGCACAGGAAAUUCUCCAGAAUCUCGGUCGAAAGCGGCUGAUGGAGGCGCAGAGGGUCGCGCGAGCCGCGCACCGAUCCGCGUCUCCUGGUCACGAUUCGUCCGACAACAGCACCGGAAAAAGGAUCGUCGACAAGCUGAAGAGCGACGUGAAGGGCCUGAAGAACGUCCUGAGGAAGAGCAGACGUAACACCCGACCGGAGGAGAGCCUGGAGCUGCAGCCGCUGGCACCCAAGGCGGCUUUGAGGAGGCAGCAAAAGAUCGAUGAGAGCCAGGACCUGACUCUACCCAACAGCCAAGAAACACCGAUAUCUCCGUUGGGCGCCGGCCUACCUCUGCUAUCGAGGCUCAGGUUGUUGAAAGAGAAGGAGGAGAGAGAAGAACGACGUAAUCUGAUGGACACGCCGGGUCACGCGACCGAGCCUCACCCAGCACCACCACCCACGGAGGCCUUGAACCCCACAAAUCCGAAUUUACCAUUCCUGCAGAGGAUACUCCUGCUGAAGACGAAGAACGAGCAGGAGGCCGCUCAAACGGAGAAGGAGAUGCCCAUCAAGGAACACCUGCUGCCGCAAAAGACCAUCCCCGAAGAGACGAGCACGCUGUCCGACGAUCAGCCGUCCUCGGAAGCCCAAAGCGUCAGCACCGUGGCCGUCGCGACCUCGCAGGUCGAGACGCGGACAGCCUACGCGUUAAAGAGGCCCUGGGUCGCGCUGAAGAAGGCGUCGUUGACUGCCAAGGACAAUUCAUCGCAGAAAAGCCCACCGACCAAGAAGCUGCAGCAGACAAAAAUGUACGCUUCUGUCGACGACCUCUCGCCGGAGUAUUGCGGCCUGCCGUUCGUCAAGAAGCUCAAAAUUCUGAACGAGAGACAGAAGUUGGCCGAGUUGGAGAAGGCGGUCAGGAGUUCCUCCCUUGAUUGUGGCGAGAAUGCCGAGCCGGAAUUUGACAGCAACCUUACGAGAAGUCACUCGGAAGCCUGUGCCAUUGAGUAUGCCAGAAAGUUGGCCAAGUACAAUCAAGCUCGACAAGCGGCAGGGUCGACGGACCAGCAGUUGUCGCCGGAGAACGAGACGCUCGAGAGGCGGAACUUGAAGAGUAUUCUGAAGAAACUAUCGGCAAGCAGUAGUAGGGCAGGUAGCAGCGAGACUUCGGCUACGAGCACCCCGGAUCGACAAGCCGCGACCGCCGAACUGAAGAGGCUGAUGAGAGCGCCGACGAUCGAGGGUUACGCCGCGAGGCACUCGAAGCUGUCGAAGAGCGUAACUUUUAACAAAUACACGCUGCAGAGCCCGCCGUCCGAGCAGCCUCUGCAACCGCCGCCGUCGAAUUCCGGAUCCCAGGAUCAGCCGUCACUGUCGCCGCCCAAUAAACUCAGUUUCCGUCCUGUGGGCAGUGCCGGUGUCCUGCAAACGGUAUCCCGGUCGCGGGAAGGGGAGUGCCUGGGCGACUUGCUCUCCGGGGUCGGCGAGGUCAUCAAGGCAGGCCUGGAGGACAUGCAGAGCAAAUUCGUGCUACAGUUCACAUCGCUCGAGUCGGAGGUCCGGAAGCGCGACGAGAUAAUAUUGCAGUUGCAGACGCGGAUCCAGCAGCUCGAGCGAAGGAGAAGAAAGUCGCGCGACGACGACUCCGGCGGGGAUAGCACCGAGCACGACGCUUCCAUGGAGGAGGAUCUCGAUGACGAUGGCGAGGAUCAUCCCUUCAUGCGCGACAGUUCCGUGGACACCGUCUUGACCGCACGAUUGCGCGAUCGACGCUCAUCGGUGGGCUCGAGCUCGCGCAGCCGGCGAUCGUGGGAGGAACACUCGGAAAGAGAGACCCUGGAACUGCAGGAGCUACCGAAUUCGAUAGUGCCGCAGAGAUUAGCGCGUGGAGAGGACGUGGCGAUCGAUCUGGAAUCGAACAGCGACAGAUCGGACGAGGAGUUCGACGUUUGUGGGCGUCGCAAGGGCGACAGCGACGAGGGCGACGAGGAGGAUGAGGAGGACGACGAAGACGACGACGAUAAGAUCUUACGGCGGGACGGUUACAACAAUUGGGAGGUCGCCCUACUGGCUAAGCAGCUCGAGGCGAGAAGAAGAAGCGGCGAUAACGCCAGCCCGGGUUCCUAGCGCAUUAAUGAGAUUCUAGAAAUACUGUGUUACCUCACGAACACAAUACGCUCCGACGGAUGGUGCAACCCGCUGGCUGGGUCCGGCGGUAGUGCAGCUUUUUGCGAACACACUCAUCGCUCGUACUCACAAUUAGAUUUCGAUAAUAUGACUACUAGCUGCAGCGAGACUAUGAUGUAGCCCGAUUAGCAAAGCGUCGUCGUUAAUUAUUUCUUGCUUGUUUUUUUCUUUUUAAUUUAGUUCUUUCUAACAGUACCUGUCCGAAAGAUGUACAGAGGAUAUCCAGAGAAUGUAAAAUAUUCUCUGAAUAUCCUCUAAAUGUCUUUCAGAUAUGUGUGCUGUUAGGGGUAUCUGUACAAGAAGCAAUCAGUUUGAUAAAUCGGCAAACUUUUGUAUCUUCCUGUCUAUACGACGCUGAUGUUCUCCCGCGUAUGAAAGUAUAAUAAUUUUUUUAUUUUUGGUUUUCUCUUUAUUUGUUUUUGUA